CCACAGCCGGAAGCGAGUGGUUAUUCAUUCCUAUUCGCUGAGGAAGGGGUAUGGAGAUUUUUGCUUGGCCGAGGCUGCUCUUGUUCUCUGUCGCUUCCCUAGAGCUCAUCUGCUGUGAGAAGCUACAUGGCAUUGAAGGAGAAAAUUUUACUAUUAAAGUAAAUGUAAAGCAACCCAUGUCUGAAAGUAUUUGGAAGAAAGACAAGGAUAAGGUGGCUGAAUGGCAAGAGGAAGGCUCAGUGAAAUUCUAUGGUUCUCUCGAAGGCAGAGCCUUUUUUAACAAGGAGAAUGGGGACUUGACUAUAUUUAACUUGCAAAAGAAUGAUUCAGGCACAUAUGUGUUCGAGUACCCGGAUUCUGAGGGAAUAAUUCAUGAGUUUCUCCGUGAACUUAAUGUCUCAGAUGGCUUUUCAGAACCUGAAAUAAGUUGCAACACCACUGCUAAUGAUAAUAAGUUCAGAUGUGCAACAGAUUUCCAUCUGCCUGUGAAUUAUACCUGGAAGAUCGGUAACAUGAUAUACUCUAUUGAGGGCCAGGAAAUUUCCAUCUCUAAGAACCACGAUCCUUCCACAGAAGUUACAUGUUCUGCUAAAUACUCUCAGACGGAAAAGAGCUCUCAAAUAAAUUUGUCGCAAUGCUCACGAGCUGAAGAAGGACAUGACUAUAAUAAACGUGGUGCCUAUGGUAUUAUUGUGGCUGUUGUACUUGUAAUGGUCAUAGUACUGAUAUACUUGUACAAAAAAGGUAAAAUUCCAUUUGGAAAAAGAAGAGCUGCUUUGAACAGUUCAGAGCAUGGCUUGGAUGAUAAUUUGGACAAGGGAGACAAUCCCGUGGUAGACAAGUACACGAUGGAACGUGGUGUGAAUCAGAAUGACACCCUUAAGGAGAACAGCAGCUUGCUGAACAACCAUACAGAUGACUGUGAUGUAAAUGAAAGAGGAAUGACCCAGGAUGGAGAAGGUGUAAAUGGGAAGCACCUGAGGAACUCUCCCACCAGUAUUAAUAAAGAUCUUAAGUCUUAAGCAAGGAAUUGCUUUGAGCUGAGCAGCAAUGGAUCAGAAGUGGUAGAAUUCAGUAACAGAGGAGCUGCUGCUACCUUUUCUCGUGUACAUCUUUCACAAGGAACAAAAACUCAUCAGCUUACUGUGCAAUUUUGAACUGGCACCUUUUUUCUGUCACAAAAACUGAAUUUCUAGCAGGAAAUCAAUGUACCAGAUGCACACUCUGCAAGAUCUCCUGGAGCUGUCAAAACGUUGGCAAACUGAGCAUCUCCUGAUAAUCACAGAAAUAACCAGGUUGGAAAAGACCUAUCACCUAACCCUUAUAGUUAACCAAACCUUGGAACUAAGUGCCUCGUCCAGCCUCCUUUUAAACACCUCCAGGGAUGGUGACUUCAUCUCCCCAGGCAGCCAAUGCCAGUCGCUCUUUCUGUGAAGAACUUUUCCCUAACAUCCAGCCUGUAUGUCCCCUGGUACAACUUGAGACUGUGUCCUCUUGUUCUGUCACUGGGUGCCUGGGAGAAGAGACCAGCCCCUGCCUGGCUACAGACUCCUUCCAGGUAGUUGUAGGCAGCAAUGAGCUAACCCCUGAGCCCCUUCUCCAGGCUAAACACUCCAAGCUCCCUCAGACUCUUAUCACAGGGCUGUGUCCCAGCCCCCUCACCAGCCUUGUUGCCCUUCUCUGGACACGUUCAAUCGUCUCAACAUCUUUCUUAAUUUGAGUGGCCCAGAACUGGACACAGUACUCAAGGUGUGACCUAACCAGUGCUGCAUGCAGGGACAGAAGGACUUGUCUGGUCCUGCUGGCCACACUGUUCCUGAUCCAGGCCAGGAUGCCAUUGGCCUUUUUGGCCACCUGGGUACACUGCUGGCUCAGGUUCAGUUGGCUGUCAAGCAGUACCCCCAGGUCCCUCUCUGCCUGGCUGCUCUCCAACCACUCUGUCUCCAGCCUGUAGUGCUGCAUGGGAUUGUGGCCAAAGUGCAGAACUUGGACUUAUUAAAACUCAUGGCAUUGGACUGUACCCAUCUGUCCAGCCUGUCCAGGUCUCUCUGCAAGGCUCUCCUGCCCUCUAACAGUUCUACACAUGAUCCCAACUUGCAAACUUACUGAUGCUGGACUCAAUCCCCUAGUCCAGAUCAUGCCAGCAGUGUGCCCAGGUGGCCAAGAAAGCCAAUGGCAUCCUGGUCUGCAUCAGGAACAGUGUGGCCAGUAGGACAGGGGAGGUUAUUCUUCCCCUGUACUCAGCACUGAUCAGGCCACACCUUGAGUACUGUGUCCAGUUCCGGGCCCCACAAUUCAAGAAAGAUGUUGAGGUGCUGGAACAUGUCCAGAGAAGGGCAACAAAGCUGGUGAGGGGCCUGGAGCACAAAUCCUAUGAGGAGAGGUUGAGGGAGCUGGGCCUGUUUAGCCUGGAGAAGAGGAGGCUCAGGGGUGAUCUUAUUACUGUCUACAACAACCUGAAAGGGCAUUGUAGCCAGGUGGGAGGUGGCCUCUUCUCCCAGGCAACCAGCAAUAGAACAAGGGGACACAGUCUCAAGUUGUGCCAGAGUAGGUAUAGGCUGGAUAUUAGGAAGAAGUUCUUCACAGCGAGAGUGAUUUGCCAUUGGAAUGGGCUGCCCAGGGAGGUGGUGGAGGCACCAUCCCUGGGGGUCUUCAAGAAAAGACUGGAUGAGGCACUUGGUGCCGUGGUCUAGUUGAUUGGGCAGGGCUGGGUGCUAGGUUGGACUGGAUGAUCUUGGAGGUCUCUUCCAACCUGGUUGAUUCUAUGAUUCUAUGAUCAGUGAAGAUAUUGAACAGGACUGGGCCCAGCUCUGAUCCCUGGGGCACACCACUUGUGACUGGCUGCCAACUGGAUGUGGCAACAUUCACCACCACUCUCUGGGCCUAACCCUUCAGCCAGUUCUUAAACCAGUUCUUAACUGCCAGCGUUGCCAGGAGUUUGCUAUGGCAGACAGCACCAAAGGCCUUGCUGAAGUCCACAUAGAUUACAUCUACAGCCUGACCCAUGUCCACCAGGCAAGUCACCUGGUCAUAAAUAGAGGUCAAAUUGACAUGGCAACUAGAACAAAACUACAUAUUUUUUGCACUUCCAGGAGUCUUUUUCAUGUCUUUGCUUUUAGCUUUCACAUCAUGUUAUUUAAAAGAAUAUCAAUGCCAAAAAAAUAGUGUACUUUCAGAAUGUAACUGCAAAGAAAACUUGAAAACUGAGGUGAUAAUAUGCACUGGAGUUAGGAAAGCAUACUAUACAUUUCUGAUUUCAGUCUCAGGCUAUGACCUGUGAGCAUUGUAUGCUUCUUGUCUUCUGCAUGCUGGUUGUUAACUGAAGAUGACAGUUUAUCAGGGUAUAUAAAUAUGUGAGAGGUGGACCUCAACAGAAUGAGACCAUGCUCUUUUUAGUGGUGCCUUUCACAGGGCAAGGAGCAACGGGUGUAAAUUAGAACACAGGAGGUUUCUCUUGAACAUAAGGAAAAAGUUCUUUCCUCUUAAGGGUGCUGAAGCACUGGACCAGACUGUCAGGAGAGCCUGUGAAGUCUGUGUCUCUGUGCAACCUGAUGUAGUUGAACCCAAGGCAGGUACUAGGACUCCAACCUACCACUCCCAUCCAGCCACUACUGUUCUGUGGAUUGUUCCAUUCCCAUCAUUCGUACUUCAGAACUUCCCUCAGGAGGUUUUUCAUUAGACAACUCUUUAAGGGCAUUCAAGCUACUCUUGCGUUUUUUGGUGUGGGUUUUUUUUUCCUGUUAGAGAAACUUGUUACUAACACGAUGAGAAGGAACAUUCACCACCAUGGAAGGAGGUGCAGACCCUUCAGUGCUGCACACCAGAUUAGAUGCUUCCAUCCCUCUGUAUGUUGAGCUGCACUGAAGGAUUGCUCAACAAAAUGUCAGCUGAUCUAGUCCAACACUUGCCCUUUUAAAGUAUUCGUAAAUAUUUAUUUUUGUCUUAAUAUUUUCAUUUAUCAAAUGUGUUUACAAUAAAUAAAGAGUGCAUGUAUUUAUACCUCUUGACAAAAUAA